UCCUUUCUCAGCUUCCGUCGCUACCGGUGUUUCUGGAAGGUUCUGUUCGGGAUAUCAGAGCCGAGCUUCAUCUGAACUCAUCCGAACCGCACAGGCGGCUUAGAGAGACCAGGGAACAUUAGUUCCCUUCGGUGAUUCCUGAAGAAUAAAACAACAUUAAUAUUGCCCACCAUGCCGGGAGCCUUAGCCGCUGCAAGUGGUUUUAAAAACAAAGGAGGCGCGUAUGUGGACCGAGACAAACCCGCCCAGAUCCGAUUCAGCAACAUUAGUGCUGGAAAAGCUGUUGCUGAUGCCAUCAGGACGAGUCUGGGACCUAAGGGCAUGGAUAAAAUGAUUCAGGAUGGGAAGGGAGAUGUCACCAUCACUAAUGAUGGAGCCACUAUCCUCAAACAGAUGCAGGUGCUGCACCCAGCAGCUAAGAUGAUGGUGGAGCUGUCUAAAGCUCAGGAUAUCGAGGCUGGUGACGGCACCACAUCAGUGGUGGUGAUUGCUGGAGCUCUUCUUGAUUCUUGUACUAAACUGCUACAGAAAGGUAUCCAUCCGACCAUCAUUUCUGAGUCAUUUCAGAAGGCUGUAGAUAAAGGUGUGGAGAUCCUGACCUCCAUGAGUCAGCCGGUGCAGCUUAGUGACCGAGAGACUCUGUUGAACAGCGCCACCACCUCCCUGUGCUCCAAAGUUGUGUCUCAAUAUUCCAGUCUGCUCGCACCCAUGAGCGUCGACGCUGUCAUGAGGGUCAUCGACCCCACAACAGCCACCGGUGUCGACCUCCGCAACAUCAAUAUCAUAAAGAAACUAGGAGGGACCAUUGAUGACUGUGAGCUUGUGGAUGGUCUUGUGUUGACUCAGAAGGUGGUGAACUCCGGAGUGUCCCGUGUGGAGAAGGCCAAAAUCGGCCUGAUACAGUUCUGCCUGUCCCCUCCCAAAACUGAUAUGGACAACCAGAUUGUGGUGUCAGACUAUGCUCAGAUGGACCGUGUUCUGCGUGAAGAGAGAGCCUACAUCCUCAACCUCAUUAAGCAGAUUAAGAAAGCUGGCUGUAAUGUGCUGCUCAUCCAGAAAUCUAUUCUGAGAGAUGCCCUGAGUGAUCUGGCCUUGCACUUCCUCAAUAAGAUGAAGAUCAUGGUGAUAAAGGACAUCGAGAGGGAAGAGAUUGAGUUCAUCUGCAAGACUAUUGGUACCAAACCCAUAGCUCACAUUGACCAGUUCACUCCAGAGAUGUUGGGCACAGCUGAGCUGGCAGAAGAGGUCAGCCUGGACGGAUCAGGCAAACUGGUGAAGAUCACAGGGGUUGCCAAUCCCGGAAAGACCGUCAGUAUUGUGGUCCGCGGUUCUAACAAGCUGGUGAUUGAGGAAGCAGAGCGAUCCAUCCAUGACGCCCUCUGCGUCAUCCGCUGCCUCGUCAAAAAGAGAGCUCUGAUUGCCGGCGGUGGAGCACCAGAGAUCGAGCUGGCACUGAGGUUGGCAGAAUAUUCCCGUUCACUGAGUGGCAUGGAGGCAUACUGUGUGCGUGCCUAUGCCGAUGCCCUCGAGGUCAUUCCCUCCACUCUGGCAGAGAACGCUGGUCUUAAUCCCAUCUCCACAGUAACGGAGCUGCGUAAUAGACAUGCGCAGGGGGAGAUGAUGGCUGGGAUUAAUGUCCGCAAGGGUGGGAUCUCAAACAUCCUAGAGGAGCUGGUUGUUCAGCCUCUGCUAGUCUCCAUCAGCGCGCUCACCCUCGCCACGGAAACGGUCCGCAGCAUCCUGAAGAUUGAUGAUCUUGUGAAUACCCGGUAAAGUGUGCCUGAAUGUGAUUACUGAAGGAAGGCCUUGCACCAUUCUAACACCCCGCUAAGACCAACGGCUCUGUCGCUUUCUGUAGAUGUUACCUGUAGUAAUUUAAUAAAACGUUUUUUUUUGACACUCCAAUUCUCGCCUUUUGUUGUUG